AUGCCCGUGGCGGUCAAGACCUCUCGAAGUGGAGCCGAGACAGGCUCCCAAGAUUCUGGAGCCAUCUCCACAUCAACCGGAGGACCUACCACUUCCCAGCACGAGGAUACGUGUGAGACCACAAGUUUCAGAAGAUGGACCAAUAUCUGUAAGCGUCUCUCGGGUGUCAUCGCCUCAGUAGAGAUCACUCGUCUUCAUAAAGAAAACUGGGGAACCGAACCCUCGGAUGACCUUUUGCGAAGAGCGAUUCCCAGAAUGGCUCCCUCUUAUCUUGACAAAGUCUCAUCUAUCAUUAAAAGCAAAUGUAGCGAUUUGUCCCAGGAAUGGUCCGCCGCUGGUCAUGACCCCGCUGCAAAAUUGGAUCAAUUGAGCGAGGACGCAGCAAACGAUAGAUUUUCAGUGACUCCUCGCUCCGGCCAAUAUGAUAAUUCUUCUGAUGGAUACGAGAUGCACUUUGCAGGUCAUACGGCGAUGAUCUAUCGUCCGGUCCUGACCAAUGACGACACCCUACAACAUACUAUCGUCGGGGUCAAGCGCCAAUUGGACCAAGAGAGCGGUCAAUGGACACAAGACUCGGCGGUCGGAAAGGCUCUUGCGGGAGUAGUAUAG